AGAUUCCCCAGCCCCGCCAGCAACCGUAAUCGAUUGAACAACCCAAAACGCUGCCCCGGCGGCAGAAGCAGCGGCAAAUCCGAGCCGGCCGGCGAGAUCCACACGGCGGCAGGGCGGAGCGAGGCAGAGAACCCCCCACGCACGCGCGCGGGCGGUCGUGCCGUGCGCGCCUCGAAUCGCUACCUCCUCCCCACCGUGCGCCGCACGCCAUUCCGGCGCGUUGGGGAUUGGAGUGGGUGGGUGUGGGGGAUUCGUCAUCGGCGCCGGUUAAAAAGCGGCUGAGGAAUGACGGUGCGGGCGGGGUGGGUGGUGGCGGUGGCGCGGGCGUCGGCGGAGGGGUGGCAGCGUGUGGCGUGCAACCCGGAGACGCUCCCGCCCGACCGCGUCCUCGCGCUCCUCUGCUGCGGGCCGCUCCACCUCCUCGCCCGCCUCGCCGCCUUCCUCUGCGUCCCCUUCAUCCCCGCCCACGCCUCCCCUCUCCGCUUCGCCAACCCUCGCCGCCGCCAGCGCCUCCUCCUGCUCCCGCCCCCGGACCUCAUGCUAGCUCGGCACUCCCGUUCCUCCUUCUCCUCCUCUUCCUCAUCAUCAUCGUCUUCAGAUGAGGAUGACGACGACAACGACGACUAUGUUGACAUCGAGGAUGGGGAUCAUAUCAAUCCUCACGACGAUUGAGGUUGCUUAGGAAUAAGGCUCUGAAAGAGAGAGAGCUUGGGUCUUCAAUUUCAGAGAUUGAACACUUGCCUGUGAGGUUGUGAUACCUCACACAAAAUGUCAAAACCAUUUGCCCUUCUAUCUCUUAGUCUUCAGGACCUAACAUUGCCGAGAUCUUCAUUGUAAAUAAGUUAGUGGGUUGGGAGCUCUGGAAAACGGAUAUCUGGGAGAUGAAAAUUUGAUUCAUAUUGUAAGUAUAUAAUGUUACAUAUAUGAUAUAAAUGGAACUCGUCACGGAGUGGUGUUGAUGAAAUGUCACCUGUGUACUUGAAAGUGAAUUGAAGAUGUUUGCCUUCA